GAAACAAAUGUGAACCGCUUUGAUGCUCUCGGUCAUCGAAGGAGAGCAAGAUCUCCAGAAAUGGGACAGGUAAACGGUGCUCCAUUCAGAGACCUGUGGUAUGGACCUGAGCUGCGACCAGACUGGAGAAAGGAACCUUCAUUUGAUCCGAAUAUCGGUUUUCCCAAUGGAAGAAAAAUAAGAGAUCCCAAAGUGUCGCCAGAAGAGCUAGAUGCUUAUAAUAUUCCCAUGAAGAGAAGAGAUUAUUGUGCUUACCAAUUUAUAAAGUUUCUUCAAUGUCAGAGGUCCUAUAACUACCCCUAUACACCCUGUGAUCCAGUGUUUCAGGAUUUCGAGGCUUGUGAACAUGAAGAUUUUGUGUUACGUAUGAAGGAAUAUGAGAGAGAACGACGACUUAUGGUGAGGGAGCAGCGAGUUAAGAAUAAAAUCGCCCGUGGUGAACUGUGACAGAGACACUCAUACUUUUACUCCUUCAUAUUUUGUUAAUAAUGUAUGAUAUUAAAAAUGUGAUUAUCUGAUAAAA